CAGGAUCCAACACUCCCACAACGAGCAAGAACUGAAAGUGUGAUAUACAGAGAAGUGAUGGGGAAGUCAAUCGCAAUGAACGGUGGAGAGGGCCCCAACAGUUACACCCAUAACUCCAAGCAACAGCGAAAGGGAUCAGAUCGUGCAAAGGUCUUAUUAAGCAAUUGCAUCCAAGAGAAGCUAACAGUCGAAAACAAAUUGAAUACUGCAAACCAACAAAUCUUCAGAAUUGCGGAUCUUGGAUGUUCAGUUGGACCCAACACCUUUGCCUCUGUCCAAACAAUAAUAGAAGCAACAGAGCUUACUUUCAAAACCCAGAUUCUCGAGUAUAAACCGCCGGAAUUCCAAGUGUUCUUCAAUGAUCAUGUCGGUAACGACUUCAAUACACUGUUCAAAGCGCUUCCAUUGGAUAGGCAAUACAUGGCGGUCGGAGUCCCGGGCUCUUUUCAUGGGCGACUGUUUCCCAAGGCCUCAAUGAACUUCAUGCAUUCCUCUUUUGCUCUUCACUGGCUGACAAAGGUUCCUGAGGAAGUGACAGAAGAGAACUCUUCCGCAUGGAAUAAGGGGAGAAUUAGCUACGUGGGUAGUUCUUCUGAAGUUGUGAAGGCUUACACAGAACAAUUUGUUAGGGACAUGGAGGGUUUCUUCAGAGCAAGGGCUGUAGAAUUGAGCAGCCAUGGAUUGAUGGCAAUUCUCAUGCCUUGCCGCCCAGAGGGAACCCUUCCUUCUGAGUCAAUUAUCAUGCAAGUAUUUGAGGUUUUGGGAUGUGCGCUUACAGAUAUGGCUAAAGAGGGUCUGGUAAGUGAAGCUCUUGUGGACUCAUUCAAUCUACCCAUUUUUAUCCCAACUGGCAACGAAGUAAAAGAAGUGCUCUCAAAUAUCGAGCAUCUUACAAUUGAGAAGUCAGAGGAAAUAAACUACCCACCAAACCUUAGCAAUCUUGAAGAUGUUCGAUCGUGCAUUGGUCAUGUAAGAGCAGUAAUGGAAGGCAUCUUAUGCGAACACUUUGGAGCUGAGCUCCUUGACCAACUUUUUGAGAGGUACUCAAACAAGGUUGAACAGUUCUCCAAGACCUCAGUCUUUACUCGAAUUGAGAAGCUGGAAAACUUAUUUCUACUCCUGAAGCGCAAUCCUAGUUCCUAGAAUUGCUCCAGAACCGCGCGCCAUUAAUGAACAUGCAGCUUCUAUCAACAAAUUUCGAUCCAAAGAAAUAAUAUCAGAAAGAUGCUGAAAUGUUUUGUCACUGACUGUUGAAAAUUUCAGCAUUUUUAUAUAUAGGUAUUAAUCAUUUGGUGCAGUAGUUUGAUUUGAUUAUUCAAAAGCUGCACCAAAUUAAGUAAUCUGGUUUAUGACGCUGCAUGUACCAACUUUCAUGAGCAAGUCAAGAAGAAAUAAACGAAGUCUAGCUUGUCUCCAA